AAUUUCCGCCUCCGCCGGUUUCCCGCUGUUGCCUCUCCACUCACGGAGGCUGCAAGACUAAGGACUGUUUCUCUCGCCAUUGGUUAGUGUCGCUCUGCUUCCGUACAUUCAAGCUCCCCUGUAAUCAGGUUUACUAUUAUGUUGAGAAGUUUAGGAUUUGUGGAGGCCAGUGCGGUGAGUUACAAUUUUCAAAAGACAAAAGUUAGCCCCUUUUAGUUCCAAGUCAAGGCACCUUAACAACACAAUAAGCCGAGUGGAAGUUGAAUCUGAGAUCGUUAAGUGAAAUUGUUUACUACUCUGGCAAUGUCAGUUUUUCUGUUCUUUAGUUCACCAUUUUUCAUCAAUCUGCCAUAAUUGACAUCAAGAAAUUCACAGCGGCAACAUACAAUAUUGAUUAACCAGCAUUGUUGCACCCAGUGUGUAGGUACAUGCUUUCACUCCUUCACCCAAUUGGCAGAUUGGUGCAGACCUGCAAAGGACAAAAUGUUCUCAAACUUUUUCCAUCACUUCAAGCCCAUUGCCUAUGCUUUUCGUCGGCCAAAGAUUCUUGGGAAGUUACAUCUGAUGGUUUUGAAAGUGAGAAGAAAGAUGUUGAUUUGGAUCUUCUUUUCCGAUCAUGCAACAAACUUCCCCAUGUUAAGUGUCUUCACACCCUUCUUGUGGUGUCAGGGAGAGUUGAAAAUAUAUUCAUCUCUGCAAAACUCGUUAAUCUUUAUGCCUAUCUUGGUGAAUUGUCAUUAUCCUAUCGCACCUUUGAUCAGAUUUCAAAGAAAAAUGUCUACACCUGGAAUUCCAUGAUAUCUGCUUAUGUUCGCCAUGGCCUUUUCCAAGAAGCUUUGUGUUGUUUCUAUCAGUUCUUUUGGACAUCUGGUCUUCAGCCUGAUUUUUACACUUUUCCUCCUGUAAUUAAAGCUUGCCGAACUCUACUGGAUGGGAAGAAGGUACAUUGCUCAAUCCUAAAGAUGGGCUUUGAGUGGGAUGUUUUUGUAGCUUCCUCCUUGAUACAUAUGUAUUCACGGUUUGGGUUGGUAGGUGCUGCUCGAGAAUUGUUUGAUGAAAUGCCAAUUCGUGAUAGUGGUUCAUGGAAUGCAAUGAUUUCUGGGUAUUGUCAGAAUGGGAAUCCUGCAGAGGCAUUAGAUGUUGCAGGUGAGAUGAGAUUGGAAGGGGUAGCUGUGGAUCCUGUUACAGUUGCAAGUAUUCUUCCUGUUUGUGCACAACUAAGUGACAUUUUAAGUGGGAAGUUGAUCCAUUUGUUGGUUAUAAAAUGUGGAUUAGAAUGUGAGCUGUUUGUGUCUAAUGCAUUGAUUAACAUGUAUGCCAAAUUUGGUUGCUUGGGGCAAGCACAGAAACUUUUUGAUCAAAUGGUCACAAGAGAUACUGUGUCAUGGAACUCAAUAAUUGCUGCGUAUGAGCAAAAUCAUGAUGUGGUUACUGCACGUUUAUUCUUUGACAAGAUGCAGAAGGCUGCAGCCAGACCUGAUAUAUUGACCCUUGUUAGUUUGGCUUCAAUUGUUGCUCAAUUGAAUGAUCACCGAAACAGCAGGUCUAUCCAUGGAUUUAUCACAAGGGCAGGCUGGCUUUUUGAAGAUAAUGUCAUUGGUAAUGCAGUUAUUGACAUGUAUGCUAAAUUGGGUGUUACAGAUUCUGCCCGUAAAGUCUUUGAAAGACUUCCCAUUAAAGAUGUGAUUUCAUGGAACACUUUAAUCACUGGUUAUGCUCAAAAUGGUCUUGCAAGUGAGGCAGUUGAAGUAUAUCACAUGAUGGAAGAAUGCAAAGAGAUAAUUCCAAACCAAGGGACUUGGGUUAGUAUUCUACCGGCCUAUUCUCAUUUAGGAGCCUUGCAACAAGGCAUGAAAAUUCAUGGGCGGGUUAUUAAAAAUUCUCUAUACUUGGAUGUUUUUGUUGGAACCUGCCUCGUUGACAUGUAUGGAAAAUGUGGAAAAUUAGAUGAUGCAAUGUCAUUAUUCUACGAAGUGCCUAGAAAAGAUUCAAUCCCCUGGAAUACCAUAAUAUCUUGUCAUGGGGUUCACGGGCAUGGUGAGAAAGCUCUCGAACUCUUUAGGGAAAUGAUAGCUGAGGGGGUAACACCUGAUCAUGUAACAUUUGUAUCUUUGUUAUCAGCUUGCAGCCAUUCAGGUCUGGUUAGUGAUGGUCAACAAUGCUUUCACAUGAUGCAGGAAAUAUAUGGGAUUAAGCCUGAUGUGAAGCACUAUGGCUGCAUGGUCGAUUUAUAUGGUAGGGCCGGUUAUCUAGAUAAGGCAUAUGAGUUUAUAAAAAAUAUGCCGAUUCAGCCUGAUGCUUCAAUGUGGGGUGCUCUUAUUAGUGCUUGCCGAAUUCAUGGGAAUAUGGAGUUGGGACAAUAUGCUUCAGAUCAGUUGUUUGAAGUUGAUUCAGAGAAUGUUGGCUACUAUGUUCUAUUGUCAAACAUUUAUGCUACUGUAGGGAAAUGGGAGGGAGCAAAUAAGGUGAGAUCAUUGGCUAGGGGCAGGGGAUUGAGGAAGACUCCUGGGUGGAGCUCUAUUGAAAUGAACAAUAUGGUUGAUGUCUUCUAUACUGGAAAUAAAACUCAUCCAAAAUACGAGGAGAUACAUAGAGAGUUGAGGGAUUUAACUGAAAAAAUGAAGACUCUCGGUUAUGUUCCAGACUUCAGCUUUGUGUUGCAAGAUGUUGAGGAUGAUGAGAAGGAGCAAAUUCUCAUGGGCCAUAGUGAAAGAUUGGCUAUAGCAUUCGGAAUCAUCAGCACCCCUCCUAAAAGUACUAUUAGAAUCUUCAAAAAUUUACGAGUUUGUGGUGAUUGCCAUACUACAACUAAAUUUAUAGCUAGAAUUACAGAGAGGGAGAUUAUAGUUAGAGAUUCAAACCGUUUCCAUCAUUUCAAGAAUGGAAUUUGCUCUUGUGGAGACUACUGGUGAUAUAGAUUAUGAUCUAAUUAUUUAAAGAUGUGAAACUUGGCGAAUGAAUUUCAUUUAAGUUCUGCUUUUAUAAUGACGUCUGCAUCUUGAGGGUGCCGCAGUACAGACUGAGCCUCUCCAAAAGGAAUAAUCACUGGAAAGGUACCCAUUUUUAACAUUUGAAAGGCAAAUUCUGUUUUACCGGUUUACAGAACUAGUAUAAACCUCUAACCUUCAGUGAAUUGAUAAAUUUUUUAUUGUGCCAGUAGUUGAAAUUUUUGUUGUUGCAUUUUGGUGUAUGCAUAUUCUAUUAUAUUUUUGUAAGCCUUUCAUAAAGAGAAAACAAAAUAUAGAUCUUUUUUCUUCUUUUUAUUCUACUGACUUUAAACAGCAAAGCACAGAGACAGAGACUUCCUUCAGCUACUAAUUAACAACUGGCUUCCAGCUCUGCAAGAAUAUCACCGGGGCCAUUUGCUUAUCUGGAUCAAGAUACCAACCACAUUAGUCCCAGAAGACAUGUCAACCUGAUGUGGCAGGAGAAAAGAAAACCAUUAUUUUGAGCUUAAGUUUUCAUUAAUCUUUGCAAUGACCAACCUCCUGUUUCUCCUGUUAACCCAGCUAGCUGGUCAUAUUCAUAUACCAGAAAUCAAGAUUUAGGCACAACUUGCUGCCCCGGUUGCCUGCAUUGUACAGGCUAUUAUAAGGAAGAUGCCUUGUUCAUUACCCUAUUUGUUCACAUAAGAUAGCUGAAAACUAGCUUGAACUGUUGGCAUAUGAUCCUCUUGUUGCUCCAGUUUGAUGAUUGGAACUAUUUUGAAAUCAUUGCUGAUUCUUGAAAAUUAAGGAUUCAAUUUUUUUUAAACGAAA